AAGAAUCUCAUUCUCUAUCACCACUUUCAUUUCAUCCAUUUUCAAAUAAACCUUAGAGAAAGAAACCGCUACAAUGGGAGAAGUAGAAGAAGAAGAUGAUCAUUUGAAUGGACUUAUUUAUCUUCACGGUGAUCUAGAACUUAAAAUCAUUGAAGCUAGAGCUUUACCUAACAUGGAUUUGUUUUCCGAAAGAAUCCGUCGCGUUUUCACUGCUUUUGAUUCAUGUCAUAAACCGUUUUCCAGCACUAGGAAGAAUCGUCGCAAGAUUAUUACAAGCGAUCCUUACGUUACUGUCUGUUUAGCAGGAGCGACUGUAGCGCGAACUCGCGUGAUACCUAAUUGUCAGAAUCCGGUUUGGAAUGAGCAUUUUACUAUCCCUCUUGCUCAUCCUGUGUCGUUGGUGGAGUUUCAGGUGAAGGAUAAUGAUGUAUUUGGAGCUGAUCUGAUUGGAAUCGCUACUGUUUCUCCGGAGAGGUUGAAGUCUGGUGAGUUGAUUGAUGAAUGGAUUCCUAUUGUCGGUUCUUAUGGAAAGCCGCCGAGACCUAAUUCUGCAGUUAGACUGCAGAUGCAGUUUUUUCAAUGUGAUGAGAAUCCGGUUUACAGAGAUGGAAAUUCGGUGGAUUUGAAUAGGUUUGAUGUUAAGCAGAGCUAUUUUCCGGUUAGACGUGGAUGUUCGGUUACUUUGUAUCAGGAUGCUCAUGUUCCAGAUGAUACACUUCCUGAAAUUAAAUUGGACGGUGAUAUUGAGUUCAAGCAUGGGAAAUGUUGGGAAGAUAUAUGUCAUUCUAUAUUGGAGGCUCAUCAUCUUGUCUACAUUGUUGGUUGGUCUAUAUUUCAUAAGGUGAAAUUGGUUAGAGAGCCUAGUAAACCUUUGCCUAGCGGCGGUAAUUUGAUUCUCGGUGACUUGCUCAAGUAUAAAUCGCAGGAAGGAGUUCGAGUUUUAUUGUUGGUUUGGGAUGACAAAACUUCUCAUAACAAAUUCUUCAUUAAGACGACUGGAGUGAUGCAAACUCAUGAUGAAGAAACUCGCAAGUAUUUCAAGCACUCGUCUGUGACUUGUGUUCUGUCACCUCGUUAUGCAAGCAGUAAGCUUAGCAUUUUCAAGCAACAGGUUGUUGGGACGCUCUAUACACACCAUCAAAAAUGUGUGAUAGUUGAUACACAAGCAUCAGGAAACAACAGAAAGAUAACUGCUUUUAUAGGAGGUCUGGACCUCUGCGAUGGCCGUUAUGAUACACCUGAUCACCGAUUAUUCCGUGAUCUCAACACCGUAUUUGAGGAUGAUUAUCAUAAUCCAACAUUUCCUGAAAGUGUUAAGGCUCCAAGACAACCAUGGCAUGAUUUGCAUUGUAAAAUAGAAGGGCCAGCUGCAUAUGAUAUUCUUAAAAAUUUUGAGCAGAGGUGGAGAAAAGCCACAAAAUGGUCAGAGUUGGGGCGUCGUUUCAAAAAGAUAACUCAUUGGCAUGAUGAUGCAUUGAUUAAAGUGGAAAGGAUAUCGUGGAUUCUCAGUCCUUCCCCAUCUAUUCCAAAUGAUGAUCCUAAAUUGUGGGUUUCCAAGGAGGAGGAUCCUGAGAAUUGGCAUGUCCAGGUUUUCCGAUCCAUAGAUUCAGGGUCUGUAAAAGGAUUCCCUAAACAGGUCCAAUUAGCUGAGUCACAGAAUCUAGUGUGUGCAAAGAAUCUAGUAAUUGAUAGGAGCAUUCAGACAGCUUAUGUUCACGCAAUAAGAUCGGCUCAACAUUUCAUUUAUAUUGAGAAUCAAUAUUUUCUUGGUUCCUCUUAUGCUUGGCCCUCUUACAAAGAUGCAGGAGCUGACAAUCUAAUACCCAUGGAACUAGCAUUGAAGAUAGCUAGUAAAAUAAGAUCAAAUGAGAGAUUUGUUGUUUAUGUAGUCAUCCCAAUGUGGCCUGAGGGAGUUCCCACUUCUUCUUCUGUUCAAGAAAUUCUCUAUUGGCAGGCACAAACCAUGCAAAUGAUGUAUGAUAUUAUUGCUAAAGAGUUGAAAUCCAUGGAUGUUGACGAUGCACAUCCUCAAGACUACCUGAACUUUUACUGCCUUGGUAAACGUGAAGAACCUCCAGAUGAAAACUCAAAUUCAAACCAUUUUUCUAUCAAAGGAGAAACGGUUUCAGCAUCGCAAAAAUCUGGCCGGUUUAUGAUAUAUGUUCAUGCAAAAGGGAUGAUAGUAGAUGACGAAUAUGUAAUUUUAGGAUCGGCGAAUAUUAACCAGAGGUCUAUGGCUGGCUCAAGAGACACCGAGAUAGCGAUGGGUGCGUAUCAACCCCAUCACACAUGGGCUAAUAAGCAAAGGCAUCCACAUGGCCAGAUAUAUGGUUACAGAAUGUCACUAUGGGCCGAGCACAUGGAGACAUUCGACGAUAGUUUCAAUGAACCAGAUAGUUUGGAGUGCUUGAGAAAUGUGAACAAAAUUGCGGAUGAUAAUUGGGAAAAGUACGUAGCAGAAGAGUUCACUCCCUUAAAAGGACAUCUUCUAAAAUACCCGAUUGAGGUAGACUCUAAUGGUAAGGUUGGGCCUUUACCUGGUCACGAGAAUUUUCCCGAUUUAGGUGGGAGUAUACUAGGUGGACGAACUAAUCUCCCAGAUGCCUUAACUACAUAAUUAUAGGUUGAAAAAUUGGUCAAGUUCUCAAAAAGUAAAAUAGAAAAAAGUUAAUAGAUAUACCCAUAAGACCAACCAUAUAUUAUAGAUGUGCAAAGAGUGAGUGGUGGUCUUGUAUUUUGCUGAGAAAAUGUGGCCUUAUAGAAGGAAGCUUCUAUAAAUCACAAUAGUCAUGUUAGAUUUAUAUAUGUGUGGGUUAUAUACAAAUCUCAUCUUGUAAUCUUAUCAUGAAUCUUUGUUUUUAACAAAUUUGGAUGUCUUUCAAAAAGUUUUUUUGUUUUUUUU